AUGAAGAUGUCUCUUCGCAGCAUUUUGGAUCCGCUCCUGUCGGGUUCAUCUCCAAACGAAGGUGCUAGCGAUACACCACCACCUCCACCUAGCGCAGACGCGCAUGCAUCCUCAUCAUCAGGAAGCAGCAACAACAAUAAUAAUUCACCACCAAGCCAUCCUGAUCCACAACCAUCAUCACAACCUGCUUCACCUCCACCUCAUGAACCAUCCACAAAUCAACCAUCACCAUCGAGCAACCCAUCACCUUCGUCAGCUCCUGCACCUGCACCAUCACCAUCCAACGAUAGCAACAACAACAACAACAGUGGUAAAUCACAAAAUACCCAACAAGAAGACAAUAAAACCGCAUCAGGCCCCUCACCUACUUCAAACAAAGACAAAGAUUCCCAACAACCCACCCCAUCCGCAACUUCAAGUAACAAUAACAACCAUCCUUCAUCACCAUCACCAUCGAGUGACAAGCAACAUCAUGACAAACCUGCAAGCAAGACUAUCACCUCCUCCAGUGCUACGCAUAUUGUUGGUGUUACCACGUCCGCUGACGGCAAAGUCCAUACUUUUACAUCGACUUCUUAUACCCCCUUUGCAACUACGAUCGCCGAUGAUUCUCAUGAUGCUAGCAAAGACCAAAGAAAUUCAUCUGCAGCCAUUGCAGGUGGUGUUAUUGGUGGUACCGUAUUGGCUGCUUUACUUGGGCUUUUGGCAUUUGUACUUGUGAGAAGGAAAAGAAAAGCACGUCAAAAUAAUGCUCAAGGAGGCAACAAGGAUAUGGAUGAACUUAUGCAUUAUCGUUCACCGGUACCAACAAGUGCUACAGCUACACCUGUCAUGAGCGAAACGCCACGUCCAUUUGUUCCAAACCCAUACGAGCAUCAACAGCAGGAUCCCUAUUACCAACAACCACAACAACAGCAGCAGUAUUACUAUUCAACAGCACCACAGCAACAAGAUCCACAAGGAUACGCCUAUGAUACGAGUGGCUAUGGUGAUAAUAGAAUGCUUACAGCUGCAUACAUGGUCGAUCAGCAACCGCCACCAGUUCAAGAUGGCACAACAGCUACCACAACACCAUGCUCGGUAUAUCGUACACCUUCUUAUAACUAUCAACAACAACAGCAGCAGCAGCAACAACAACAUUACAUGGCUACUGCUCCUCCUCAGCCAGGUGACUAUUCUCAUCCUAGUGAUUAUGGUGCUGCUGUUGCUGUACCACCACAACCACCUGCCAACAAUUACUAUCAACCUUAUCCACCCCAUCCUGAUCUUCAACAACAACAAGCUUAUUACACGCCGCAUCUUAUGCAUACGGAUGUACCACAUUCAAAAGACUAA